AUGUCCUUAUCCUUGUCUCUGUCUUCCGCCAGCAUGUCAGGGGCUGGUGGUUUCGGAUUCUCUGGAGGAUUGGGUGGCCUCAGCCUGGUCAAGGGUGGUGGUGGGGCAGGUGUCGGCCUAGGCCUUGGGGCUGGUGCAGGCCUUGGGAUGGGGCUGGGAGUGGGGGCAGGCAGCAGGCUAGGUUUUGGAGGGGGCCUGGGGCUGGGGCUGGGGGGCGGUUCUGGUAUCGGCCUCGGAGGAGGAGCGGGAACUGGGCUAGCCAUAGGUGCUGGGGGCAGCGGUGGAGGGUUUCUGAUGGCCAGCCCUGCCUUCAACAUGGGGCGCACCAUUGCUGCAGGGGGCCUGAGCGCUGGCUCAGCCCUGGUCGCAAAGCCUGCAGCGGGCCCGUCGGUGGCCCCGGUCCUGACACGCGCAGCUGAGAAGUCCACCCUCUCCGGCCUCAACGACCGUUUCUCGUCUUACAUGGCCAAAGUGCACGAGCUGCAGGCAGAGAAUGCCGUUCUGGAGGCCAAGCUGUCCCAGCUGACCGGCGGGGCAGACAUGGCCCCUGAGACAUCCAGCACCACCAGUGCAGACUACGAGGCACAGCUGGCAGAGUACCGCCAGACCCUGGAAGCCCUCACCCUCGACACCAUCAGACUGGAGAUCGAGCUGGACAACAUCCGUGGAACUGCCAGUGAACUCAAGGCCAAGUAUGAUUUUGAGCAGGGGGUGAAGUUCCAGCUGGAGGCUGACAUUGCUGCCAUGAAAAAGGACAUCGAGAUGGCAUCUGACAUGCGCAUCGACCUGGACGCAAAGCACUCUAGCCUGAAGAGCGAGCUGGACUUUGUCACCAAGUAUCAAAUGGAGGAGAUGUCCAGCCUGCAAUCCAAGCUGGGCACCACCUCCGUGGACAUGCCUGUGUCGAUGAUUGAGGUGGACACAGGCAAGUCCUUUGACAUCUCCGCCGCUCUCAACAAGAUGAGGACGGAAUACGAGAAGUCAGUUCAGCAGCACAGAGAGGAGGCUGAUGCCUACUACAAACUCAAGAUGGAAGAGAUACAGACAGCCAGUGCAAAGAGUUCGGAGGCCAUCUCCUCCGCUACUGCAGAGGUCAUAGUCUCCAAGAAGGAGCUGCAGGCCCUGAGUCUGGAGCUGCAGAGCCUGGUGUCCAUGAACCUUGUCCUAGAGCAGAGCCUGGCAGAAGCACAGGCCCAGUCUAGCAUUGGUGUGGCUGAACACCAGGCUCAGAUUGCUGGCCUGGAGUCAGCUAUUGAGACGGCAAAGUCGGACCUGCACAAGCAAAUCCUGGUGAACCAGGACCUGCUGGAUAUCAAGCUGGCCCUGGAUGUGGAGCUCUCCACCUACAAGAAACUGCUGGAAGGAGACAGCUUCAACGUCUCUGUGCAGUCCAGCAGUAGGCCCACAUCAUUCUACCUAUCAAGCUCCCCUCUCUUCCCCACCCGUAGCAAAUCUCCACCUGCCGCUGAGGAGAGCCAGUCUACUGUCAAUCCCGCACUGCCAAAUGUGGAAUUCACAGCAGAAGAUACUGAAAAAGCGGCGGAGACCUCUUCAUACACAGAGACCUACUGCUACACAGUGACUGAAAGUAAGACUGAGAGCAAGGAAAUCAUCACAGAAACUACCAUCCUUUCUGAUCCUGAGGAAUCUGAAUCUUAGCUGCCUGACCACCAUAUGGGUGACUGGAGACCUUGGGUGGCUUUGCAA